AUGAAAGGGAUGAUCAGGUUUGCUAAAAAGAGGAAACUUAGUCCCUGGUAUGUGGGGCUAUAUGAGGUGGUGAAAUGCAUCGGAUGUGUUUCCUAUGAGUUGAAAUUACCUAUUGAGUUGGCUUCAGUUCAUCCGGUGUUCCAUGUGUCAAUGCUUAAAAAGUGCAUAGCUGAUCCAGUGUCUAUCCUUCCUCUAGAAGGCUUAGAAGUUGAUGCUAACCUUUCCUAUGAAGAGGUCUCGGUUGAGAUUUCAUACCUUCAAGUGAAUUACUUGAGGAAUAAGGAAGUAGCUUCCGUAAAGGUUCUUUGGAAGAAUCAUCUUGUGGAAAAUGCUACUUGGUAG